UGCCAGACCGUCAGACGUCUACAGGCGAAGGGCACAGAUGCACAUUACAUGAACCUCCAAAGUGCCUUGGAUUCAUUAAUAAAAACGGUUAUUGUGAUGGUUUCAACUGAAACGAUGAACGGCGGGCUCUUAGAUGCGAUACGACUCUGUGUGGAUGGUAAAUUUACCUUUUAAAAGGCCUGUUCCCCGGAAGUAGAGGAGCGAAGGAAGCCUGUAACUCAACGAAAGGGGAAACGAAUUUCUUCAAGACAUUAUAAACCAACUGACCUUUAACUUUGCUACGUGCAGUAUCUUCCAUGGAUGUGUCAGAUUCCUGAGCAGGAAGGAUGACAUCAGAGGCUUCGGUCUCUGCUAUCAGCACCAGUGCCAAGAAGGACUACUACUGGCUUCGGUCUAUAGCAGCUGGAGGUGUAGCAGCAUGCUGUGCCAAGACCACUAUUGCUCCUCUGGACAGAGUCAAGAUCCUUCUGCAAGCCCAGAACCCCCAUUACAAACAUUUAGGAGUGUUUUCCAUCCUCAAAGCUGUGCCACAAAAAGAAGGGUACCUUGGCUUGUAUAAGGGAAAUGGGGCCAUGAUGGUCAGGAUAUUUCCCUAUGGAGCCAUACAGUUUAUGGCCUUUGACAAUUAUAAAAAGCUACUUAGUACACAGAUUGGGAUCUCAGGACACAUCCACCGCCUCAUGGCAGGAUCUAUGGCAGGGAUGACUGCAGUGAUAUGCACCUAUCCUCUGGAUAUGAUCCGGUCCAGACUGGCCUUCCAGGUGACCGGGUAUCAUCGCUACACUGGAAUUUUCAAUGCCUUCCACACCAUCUACCUUAAGGAGGGGGGUGUCCUUGGCUUCUACAGGGGACUUACUCCAACACUUAUUGGAAUGGCCCCCUAUGCAGGUUUCUCAUUCUUCACUUUCGGCACACUGAAGAGCCUCGGCUUGAAACAUUUCCCAGAUCUCCUGGGACAGCCCUCCUCUGACAACCCUGAUGUUCUGGUUUUGAAAACCCACGUUAACCUGCUCUGUGGCGGGGUUGCUGGCGCCAUCGCUCAGACGAUAUCAUAUCCUUUGGAUGUAGCAAGGAGAAGAAUGCAGUUAGGAACUGUGCUUCCAGACUCUGAGAAAUGCUCAACUCUGAGGAAGACCCUGACAUAUGUGUAUAGGACAUACGGGAUCAAGAGGGGGUUAUACCGAGGCCUGUCCCUUAACUACAUCCGCUGUGUCCCAUCCCAGGCCAUCGCCUUCACCACCUACGAGUUCAUGAAGCAGGUCCUCCACCUGAACUAGUCGCUGUUCAAACGUUUCACUCUACAGUUGGGCCUGUGUACACCCUGGGUCAUGAAAAAACUCAGCCUCUAAUGCUUCCAUCUCACAGUAAUUGAAGACUUAACUUGAAAUGUCUUAAACUCUUCAGUCUGGGAGCUGCUUUUUCCUUGAGUUUACUGAAGGCAUCGGGUGUGUCAGUUAGAGCUGAAAAAGGAGACGAUAUCAGACAGAAGCUCGGACCCUGUCUCACAUCCUGUUUUAGUGACUACAGAAAACAUGUGAACAACUUCAGCAUCAGUGUCUCCAUGAAUACAAAAAGGCAGCUGAACCUUUAUCAUGGUCGGUGAGCUUCAGACAGCUCUUUGGCUGCGCCACAACAACUCUGUAAAUGUGUGGAAACCUCAUCAUUCAUACAUCAAACACAGAUGUCCUCACAUUCUCACAUCUUUUCUGUUGAUUUCAUUGCUGAUUUUAAAUGGACACCAGCUUAAACAAUCAAAAUGUACUUUAUUUCUAUUUUUUUUUUUACAAAGAAGGGAACUCAGUGAAACAUUACCCCUAAAGACUUUAAUUUAACAGAUAAACUUUUUUUAUUAUUUAUCAUAUCUUCUUCUCAUUGACUCAUGGAAGAAGGGAUUGUUAUAAUUGGACAAUAAACGUGUGAUUUGUAGAUUUUUAUUCAAGUUUCAUUGUGUCUUUAAAUUUUGAGUGCAGGUCUCAGAUGCAGUACCAUAAAAAGAUGUUUACCUGCAGACAGAUGCAGUGACUGACUGAGGACCUUGGAGUUAUAGUUUGACGGGACUUUAAAUUUUAUUGCCAAACCCUAUUAAGAGCAGUUACUGUCAUUGUUUUCAGCUGCUGGCUUUUUUUCUUGUGUUUUUUUUACUUUGGUAAAUAUGCACUCAGAUGUUUAGUUUGUUAUUUCAUAUGAUAAUGAAAUAUUAAUCAGAAAGACAUUAUGAGCUGUUUAAGUGUAUAUGAUGAAUUAAAUGGAUGUACUGUAGGUCUGACAUGUUUGAGUACAAGUCUGCCUGUAGGGACUGAGGAGAAAUUUGCACAUCAUCACUGUAGCUUUUUCUUUUUAUUUAUUGAUUUAGCGACCUGUGGCCACUGGGUGGCAGCAUUGAACAGAUAAUUGUAUUGUUUACUAUCAGAGCUGGACACAGCAUUCAUAAAAACACAAAUCUCUAAGCAAAUACAAUUAUCGUGAGAGUCUUUACUGUUUCUUCCAUUUUGCUUAACCAAAUUGUAUGUCUGCAGUCUGUGCCCAAGGAAGGCUGAGCAGUAUUUACCCAAAGGCCUUUAUUUGACUGCUGAUGUUUGCUUUAGCUCCAUAAGUUUGUUGCACACUUUCUCAGCAGUCAGAGUCUUACUCCACACAUUAUCUGUUCUUUUAUUGGAGUUUUUUUAAAAUGCUGCAAUUUGCAGGAAGUUCAGUAAUACUGACUGUUUGAUCUCCCUCCAAAAAACCUGAGACAUCACAUGUUAAAGCUUUUUAAAAUAAAGAUUAAAUAAUUUCGGAUACAUAGGCAGGUAUAAACAACAAAUCAAGACAAUGGCAAGGACACAGAAGCAGACAUUUAAAAUUACAAAACAAUUUGUCUGUUAAGCGAUUAGUCAGGUUUUUUUUUUUUCAAGCUAAAAAAAAGUCAAGAAAUUUUCUGUUCCCAGCUUCUAAAAUGUAAGAAUUUGCUGUUUUUCUUUGUCCUGUUUCAUGUUAAUGAAGAUUGUUAAGGCAUUCGACUUUUAAAUCAACCUCAGGAUGUUAGUUUUGUCUCAAUGCUGGGAACAUUUUCACUCAUUUCUACAUUUUAUACAUUCAGAAUUAAUCCUGAAAAGGUUGUGUGAUUGCUCCAAGCCCUUUUAUCCCCACUUAGGUUGCGAACUAGUAAUAUCAGAAAUCUCAGACUACUGAACACCUCAGACGCUGUUCUUUUUUAAUGAUUUGGUACUGAGCAGCGUGAUGCCUCUCUUGUGAAGGUUUCUAUUUAACGAUUGCAUGUAUAAUUUAUUUAACAGUAACUGUAGUAUCCAGCUGUGCCUCCUCACCUGGGCUGAAGUGUUUCAUCACACACUGGUGAUCAGUGGCAGCCAUCAUAUUGGGAAACAAAGCACAGUUUUCAUCUGCAUUUCUGCCUUUUUUUUGUUGCCUCUCCAUUACACAAACUUUACAUCAUGACCCUUUGAUUCAUAUGUUUGCUUUUAUUUAUGUUUUAGCACUGUUAUUGCUGUUUUUUAUUUCUCCUAUCAGUCUUCAUGAACACAUCAGCUCUGCUCCUGCAGCCAUAGCAACAGAAGACUGUAAAAAGUAGAUUUAUGGAAAUGUCUCUAACAUAACAAUUUUAUCAGCUGAUAUUAGAUGUAAUUGAAAGUCUUCAGAAUGACUGAACAAUGAAAUAUUUUUUUCCAUCUUA